ACCUUGCCGAGACCGAGUUGUUUUCUUCACGCAACACAGCGCACCACACGAUUUAUUUAGUCAACCAUCAGAGCCGGUCUAAAGAGGACGUUCCGAUUUUCCAUUCUUGUUAAUUCGCUUAAUUUAACAUACGUCAUGUCACUCCAAGAACAAUUUGACCAAGCGGCAGCUAAUGUAAGGAACCUAAAAUCACUGCCCAGUGAUGGGGACUUGCUAGAAUUGUAUGCCCUGUUCAAACAAGCCACAACAGGAGAUGCUGAUCCUGCAAACAGACCCGGCAUGUUCGAUUUAAAGGGCAAAGCCAAAUUCGACGCGUGGAGCAAAAAGAACGGUAUGUCAAAGGAGGACGCGCAAAAGGCCUACAUCGCGAAAGUCGAAAGUCUGGUGGCUUCCAUUGGACUCCAGUAAUUGCCAACAUUGACUCACAUGGCCAAUAUGACCUACAUGUGGCCAAUAACUUAGCAAAUGUUGGAGAGUUUGAGCGGAUCGUGCACAAAAACUACAUAAAAAAAAUCAAAAAAUCAACUUUUCCUAAGAGAACUAUUAUUUUUUAAAUAUAGUGUCUUCCUUAAUUUAAUGCAAAAAAACAUUAAAUCAUGUUUGUUAUAUUUUUUUAUGAAUUUAAAAUACUUUUUUUGAUAUUUUCGAGAUGCCGUCCGUCUCAUGAAUAUUUAUUUCUCGCUUUAGGUUUAGGUUACAGGUGUAAGACAUCACAUUAUAUUAAGGGUAUCAUUUUCGACUGUCUAUAGCGGUGCUGUUGCAUUUUUUAAGCUGGUGUAUUUUGUUAUUUUCUUAUACUGCAUGAAAAUAAAAAAAAGUUGUAAAUCA